CGAUGAUGUCGAAUUGACAGGCACUGCGGCGUCCUCCGGUUCCGGUUGUGCAACAACUAAAAAUUUGGAUUUUUUUCCAACCGGUUGUAGUAAGCGCUUUUCGACGUCGUCUUGUCAAGAAGAAGGUCAGGACGUUGACCUCCACGAGGAACAAUCGCUCCAGGAAGCAAUAAGGUUGCGGCCUGGUCGGCAGAAGGACACGGUCCGAGCAGUGAAACGCGUGAUCGAAGAGGAGACGGCCGCGUUUUUGGACAACAUCCAGGAAAGGGAGAAGCAGGCCACCAAGAAUCUGGUCAGCGGCAUGGCCGUGCUGGAGCUCGCUAUUCGCCGCCCUGAUUUCUCCUUUCUGGUUAACGCAGAAUUUGCGAAUACAACCGCAGAUGAUGGAACAAACGGAAACACAAAUGACAAUAAGGCAGGAGGAACAUCUUCAGAUGCGAAUGCCACAGCAGGUCCAAAAGUUGACUUGAUCGCGCAACUCGGGACGAAGUUGGAAUUUUACACGACCUACCACAAGAGUUUAGAAACGGUGUUGGAAGUGUGCCGCGCGUUUUCGAAGAAUAAACAAUCGGCGGAGAAGAAGGAUUUGUGCUUUCAAACGUACAAGAAGCACAUGGAAAACUUCUUUUUUCCGGAUCCCGUGGUUCUAGCAACGGGGGACAGAGCCGCGGUCGAGGCGGAGAUGGAGCGGAAAAUGCCGUUUUUGGAGCGGGGAAUCACCGCUAUAACGAAUGAUAUAGAGAAGAAGUUCGGGAGACUGCUUUUGCAGCAGAUGGUAACAUAUGGAUUGUAAAAAUGUCUGGGUCUGGAAGAAUGCAAGAUUUGUGAUGCAGGUUUUUUAUGACCCAUGAGGUCUGGAAUGCGAGACCCAGCAUGACAGAUUCUUUGAGGUCUUUAUCAUGCCUUUCCUGCAUGAGAGACUCCCUCUCAACUUGGUCAAAAGCGAACAGCUUUUGGUACUCACGCAACACAGAUUUUUGCAUCAUUCAGAUUUAGCAUCACAAGUUCUAAUCUUCCAGACCCAGACACUUUUACACUUGAUAUAACAUCCGGCUCGGUGCCGGACGCCGUUGCCGCCCUCUACCACGAACUGAAACAGAGCGCCACGAACGCGGUCGCCGGGGAGAUGAAGAAUGUCUCAGCUCCCGAAAAAUGCGGUCGUGCAACGGAUCUUUCGAAUAAAACUACGGAUAGUGCGCCGGGGGAAGAAAACUACGCCGAAAGGACCGCUUCAUCUGGUAGUUCUGGAAGUAGUGCGAGCUUUUCUACUGCUGCUCGUCAACAAGAUGGGGAGUCAGAAGGUGCUGCUGCUGGUGUUGUAUCGGCAAACAAGCAAGGGGACGACAGCGGGGUACGACUUGGGUUGCAGUACACGGCCAAGGAGUUGGUUAGUCGGAUGGACAAUUUGGUCGAGCAGAACCGAGCUUCUGCGUCACAGCAGGUUCAUCAAUGUGCAGCGCAACACCACCCGGACCCCUUGCUGGAUUUGAACAUCAUGCAAAACGUCCUCUCCCGGAUGGAAAAGCACGCGAGAGACAAAGCGAAGCAGCGACAGAGCAAGCACGCCCACCUGCGCGACAAGAAACAAGUGAAGCAGCAGCGGCAACACGACCAGGAGUUGCAAAAGUGGGAGAUUGCCGCCAAGAUCGCCUCCGGCAACCAGGAGUGCUUGUUCGGUUGGCACGACAUCUGCACGAACUUUUACAUGGACAGUUUGGGCGGCUGCAACGUGAAUUUGGAGUUUUUGCUCCGCCGGCUCUUACCCUACAACAUCAAAACGACGCAAACCGUGUCCACCAUGCACCUGAACGCGAUCAAAAACAACCUCGUCACCCUCGCCACCGGGCAGCCGCCGUUGAAAAAGAAGUUGCUCAUCGACUGUGACCGAACGACGGGGCGAAUCGCGAGACGGGAGGUGUUCGAACCCUCUAAAACCUUCGCGAUCGUAGAUAGCACGAUCAAGCAGCUGAAGCAUCUGAAGGCCUUUCAGUUUCUGAAGCAGCUGUUCAAGAUGCUGCUAACGUGGCUCGCGGAUACGAACAAGUACUUGGACGGUAUGCGGGAGGUGGUGAAGGCGAUCGGGCUACCCACCAAGCAGAAGACGGGAGAGUACGUAUCAUGUGUAAAAACGUCCCCACCCCAUAGCCAAGUUGGGAACUUAGCAACACAAACCCAGAAGCUUUGGGAGCAACGCAUGACAAAUUCCAGUUCGUAGUGUAGUGCAGUUUAGCAAGUGCAGUCGCAUCACGAAUCCGUCUGCUCAUCCCGUUUACAGCAUUACAAAUUCCAAAACGCGAUUGGAAAUGCCUCUCAUGGAGAUGCGCGUUACAAAUUUUCCUGUAAUCGUAAAUCUGCAUGACAGCUAUGGGGUGGGGACGUUUUUGCUCAGGAGAGUACGUGACCGGCGUGAUUCCCGGGUCGCCGGAAGACAUGCGGUUGAAGCAACUUGGGUUCAAGCACCCCACGAACGCAAACCUGUACACCCCCAUCGACCACGAAAAGUCCAAGGUGGGGUUAUUACAGUGAAAAAUGCCCCCACCCCGAACUUGGCAGCAUUUGUAUUGCAAACCUUUCCAAUGGAAACAUUCCCCGUCUUGCAUCUAUCAGCAUCACAAAUUUGCCAUGCUGAAUAGCUCGAAUUUGUGUUGCAAAGGAUCCCAACAGCAGCCGGAUCUGUUAUGCAAAAGAUACCUUGCGCAGCUAGAUUCUGCAUCAGAGAAGCUCGUAGUCCUUUCAUGCAAGACAAAGAGCUUUCAUUUGGAAACUUUGCAUGAGAAACUCUUGCAAAUUCCGGGCUGGGGGCAUUUUUCAGUGCAAUAGGGGUUGGAUUUCGUCUCCUGCAUGAAGCAGUUGAUCGACGAGAACCCGUAUCAAAUGCAAAUAUGUCUGGGUCUGGAAGGAUGCAACUUGUGAUGCUGUCUUUGCAUUCUACCAAAAUCUGUAUUGUGUGAGCAGCAAGAGGAGUUCAGGUUUUGCUACGCGGAGGGCUAAUUUCUCAUGCGGUAUAGUCAUCAGGGUGCGCUUACAAUAUCUGUGAUGCUGGGGCAUGCAUCACAGGCAUCUUGGAUCAUGCAGAUUGUGCAUGAGAAGUCUUGCAAUCUCCCAGACCCAGACAUAUUUGCAAUGCAUAACCCGUUUGAACAGGCCAUGAAACUGUUCGGGCUGGCCACGGAGAUCGAAACGCUCGAUUGGAAUAGAAUGUUGUCACCCGGAGGCGACGAGGAGUAUAAUGCGGAGAAUAUUAACAGUAGUUCUCUCGCCGAUGAUGCCUUCAUCUCGGAAGAGAUCGAGGACGAAGCGGAAAAUAGUUGUACUCCUGCAGCAGGGUCUGGGUCCUCUUCAUUUUCCCCGGGAGCAGAAGGUGACGAAAACGGUGUGAAGGUGAAGCACCGCAGGGUCCGGAUCCAAUUUGACGAGGAGAAAAUGAGGCAGUUCAAGGCGAAACAGGUAAACGCGUUUUUGUCGAUUGUGGAGAGGCUGGACUGGUACCGAAUUAGCCACGCCGAGAAACAACUGGAAGAGGACAAUAAAGCGAGGGUGAUGAAAAUGAAUGCUGGCGCAGCUUCUACUCCACAAAGUCGUGGGGUUGACCAGCACUCGGGAAAGGACAGCAGCGUUGGUGGAAAAAACAAAAAGAAGAGCUGCAAUAAUUCCACCGCGCCAAAUGGAACAAGUAGUGCUGAUCUGAAAAAUAUGUUCGACCCUUCUUCCACUAGCGGCGGGCCGCAGCACCUGCUCCCAGCAACGCCCACCGCUGCUGCUGCGGCUGCGCAAAGCAGGGGCCACGUUGCGCCUCGGCGCGUCAGUGCGGGACGGAAGUGCCUGGCCCUGGUGCCGCACUCUUACGUCGGUUUGCACGAUGAGCUCAGCGCCGUGUCAGAUCUGACGGGGAUGGGGGGACGGGUGCAGAAGCAGGAAAAAGCAGAGGAACAAAGACAAAGAGAUGAAAGUGCUGGAGCUGGUGCACAUCAGGAUAAAAACUUUUCAAUGGAACCAGGACAACAAUCUUUCACAAGAGAAACGACGCCGGGCGAUCAUGAUCAAGAUCAAAAUGAAAUGGAGGACAUCGAGAGGGAGAUCAGGGAGAGGGAAGAGGAAAUUCGGCAGCGAUACCCCGACCCGAUGGACGACGUGGAUUUUAUGGCGUUCUCAAACGUUACAUUCUCAACUGUUGCAUGAAUUCGUCAUGCAAAAAUACCUUAAGCCGGCAGAUGAUCGAGCUGCUUCGCAUGACAAAUUUCGGAAGGGCUAGACAGCAUCUAGAUCUGCGCCAAACUUGUGAUGCAAAAGGCGCAAUCUUCUUCCUUUCACGUUUGCCAGUCUUGCAUCACCCAGUUGAGAGUGUAACAUUUGAGAACUCCAUAGAUUUGGAUUUUUUCAUCGGGACUACGGAAUUCAAGAGCCCGGACACGGGCCAUUGGUUCUUCCGCACGGAAGCGGGACGGCAUUUCAUGGUGCCGGAAGGCCGGUUAUUCGAGAUGGUGGAACAACCGGAAGAGGGAGGAGCCGGGCCGGGGGCGGAACGGAGUCCAUGAGAGGGUGAAGGUGUUGCAUUCUCCCAAUGUGUAAGAAAGCAGAAAGUUGUAUCACGUCAGGCUUAAGUGGCGCCAUAUGUUGUACCUAUUAAUACACCACUUUAUCCUCCACCCGUGAGUGCGAUAUUCAAAUCAGAAUGAGUAUCAGCCUUAUGCCGUAAUACCGUUGCAUAACGCCGCGAAUUUUAGGCCGCAACCGUAUAAUAUGCACCGUUUGAUUUUUUACUGUAUGUCUAUAGUCGAUAAGGACAACUUCAACUGGGCGCUGUGAGCUUGAGAUGACGGAUAAAUACGGUGCCAAACCAGUAUUCGUUGAUUUAGUACUUGCAGACCGCAUUUCUUGCACGUGGACUCGAGAAUUUCACUUCUAUUGCUACUUGGAGUCGAUUCAGUUUCGUCGGAAUCACUCCCUGUUUGUACUCCU